GCACGCAUGCCUCGUUCGUGCCAAGUUCCCAAACACGCUCGUCUCCGCACACACGACACGAGCGAGAACUCAACCUCGUGAGACGCAUCUCGCAUGCUUCACUCGCUCGCACGCUCGCACGCCGGACACUUUCCGGUGCCGCACUUCCGUUUCCUGAUCUCGAUCUUGCCGGAUUCCUCCCCAUCGCCGCCGAUCUCGCCGGACCUCCGCGCCGGUCGCCGGUAAUUGCGGUGCCUGACGGAGCUCUGAAGAUUCCGGUGAGGAGAAGACGGAUCUGCCGGAGAAUUCGUCAUUUGCAACGUCAUUUCGAUCUGGAAGCUUGUGGAGUUCCUGAGGACAUGGUUUUUUUGGUUAGAGAUGGAGGCUGUUUAUAAAUUUUGAUGGCACUGGCAAUCAACGGAAUCAGUAGAAUAUUUUUUAAUUGAAUUUAAGUAUUGAGGGUUCAGACUUGGGAUUAUGGCAACUGAUAUGCAGAGGCUUGUUGGAACGAGUGAGGAUGAUGAAGAAAUGGGAAUGGAUGUGAAAGAUGAGGAUGAUGACGAUGAUGAUUAUGAGGAAAAUGGAGGUGAGCAGGGAAAUGCUUCAGUAUCAGGGAUGGUAGAGAUUGAUGGUGGGAAUGGGAUAGGAACUGCCACUGAUGACAACAGGUUUCAGCAGCACCAGCAGUUUCAAGAGCAAGUAGGCACCCCAGGUGGAGGUACUCGAAGAUCUAGGCCGCUAGAAGAGAAAGAGAGAACAAAGCUAAGAGAGAGGCGCCGGAGGGCCAUCACUGCAAGGAUCUUGGCGGGGCUUCGCAGGCAUGGCAACUACAAUCUAAGAGUUAGGGCUGACAUAAAUGAUGUCAUUGCUGCUCUAGCAAGGGAAGCUGGAUGGGUGGUUCUUCCAGAUGGUACUACUUUUCCCUCAAGAUCUCAGGUUCAAAAGCCUGCUGGUGGUAAUUCUACAAUUGUCACUUCAUCAUCUUCCCAUGCGGCUUCACAACAGACUCCAUCUGCUUCUCUCAGGGGAGUUGCUUCUGGCUAUAGGAGCCCUUUAGAGUAUAAUGCAUGUCAAACAAAAAGUGUUUUUAUGCCAACUCCGUCUCCUUAUGGUCUAUCCUCAAGUUCCCGGUCUCAAACAUCUAUGGUGGGGGAUGGAGAAGCACAAAGAGACAAUCGUCCUCUGAUUGGUGGUUCAAUGGAUAAUGCUGAUGAUAAGCAGAUUGCUGACUUACCCCCCAGAUUACCAGAGCGUGAUUUGGCUGGUACCCCAUAUGUUCCAGUUUAUGUGAUGCUACCGUUAGGGGUGAUCAAUAUUAAAUGUGAGCUAGUUGAUCCGGAUGGUCUACUAAAGCAGCUGAAGGUGUUGAAAUCAGUACAUGUUGAUGGUGUUAUGGUAGACUGUUGGUGGGGAAUAGUGGAGGCACAUGCUCCACAAGAGUAUAAUUGGAAUGGUUACAAGAGACUCUUUCAAAUGGUGCGAGAGCUUAAGCUUAAGCUGCAGGUUGUGAUGUCAUUUCAUGAAUGUGGAGGCAAUUUUGGUGAUGAUGUUUGUAUUCCAUUACCCCAUUGGGUUGCUGAGAUUGGUAGGAGCAAUCCUGACAUUUUUUUCACUGAUAGAGAGGGAAGGCACAACCCUGAAUGUCUUUCUUGGGGAAUAGAUAAGGAACGGGUUUUAAGAGGCCGUACUGCUUUGGAGGUUUACUUUGAUUUCAUGAGAAGUUUCCGGGUAGAGUUUGAUGAAUAUUUUGAGGAUGGGUUAAUCUCUAUGAUUGAAGUUGGACUGGGUCCAUGUGGAGAGCUAAGAUACCCAUCUUGUCCUGUAAAGCAUGGUUGGAGAUAUCCUGGUAUUGGUGAAUUCCAGUGCUAUGAUCAGUAUAUGUUGAAAAGUCUUAGGAAAGCAGCAGAAGUAAGGGGUCACGCUAUUUGGGCUAGAGGGCCAGAUAAUGCUGGUACCUAUAAUUCUCAGCCACAUGAAACAGGUUUCUUUUGUGAUGGGGGUGAUUAUGAUGGCUUCUAUGGCAGGUUUUUUCUUAGCUGGUACUCUCAGGUUUUGAUUGAUCAUGGAAACCGGGUACUUUCUCUGGCAAAAUUAGCUUUUGAGGGAUCUUGCAUUGCUGCAAAGUUAUCGGGUAUUUACUGGUGGUACAAGACUGCAAGUCAUGCUGCCGAAUUAACCGCUGGGUAUUAUAACCCAUGCAAUCGUGAUGGUUAUGCUGCAAUUAUGACAAUGUUAAAGACAAAUGGAAUCAACUUAAACAUUCCUUGUGUUGACUUGCACACAUUGAACCAACAUGAGGGCUUUCCAGAGACCUUUGCAGAUCCCGAGGGACUAGUCUGGCAAGUGUUGAAUGCCGGGUGGGAAGUUGACCUACCAGUUACCAGUCAGAAUGGAUUUCCUUGCCUAAACAGAGUUGGCUAUAACAAGGUUUUGGAUAAUGCCAAGCCCAUGAAUGAUCCAGAUGGAAGGCACUUUUCAUCUUUUACUUACCUGAGGCUUAGUUCACUUCUCAUGGAACGACAAAACUUCAUAGAGUUUGAAAGAUUUGUCAAGAGAAUGCAUGGGGAAGCUGUUCUUGAUCUUCAGGUAUAA